CUGAAAGCUGAUACAAAGGACUCCGAAGCCACAUUUGCUCGUAUAUCCCAGGAUUCAAACCUGUAAUGCAAUUAUAAAGGCUGCAAUAAUCAACCCCCCCCCACCCCCAGAGCAGCAGAACACAAAUUCUGUCAAUUGAUUUAUAUUAAAAGCAUUUCAGUAGUAAAGGGCUGCCAACUUCACAAGAAAAGAAGCAAAGCAAUGAAAUUUUAAAGGUUGUGUGAUUUUUCUCACUGGCUCCUUUGCACCCUGCAAUCAAACGGCGCCCUAGGCGAUCGCCUACGUGGCCUGUAGGGUGGGUCGGGCCCCACCCAGGCAGCAGUUAACAGUGCCUGCUGGUGCUGAGUGCAGUAUGCAGUUACUGGUUUUAUAAUGCCCGCUGGUGCUGGAACAGCUGCCAGUGUCUAUAGACAGUGGCUGCAUUAUGCAGUACAGAACUGACCUUGGCUUUCCACCAGUGAAUGGGCUGUGGCGUUCCACCCUCCAAUAUGGCUAAGAGAACACUCUGAUGUUACUCCAGAUGCUGGAUGAAGAAGUGGAGAGCGGAGCAUCCCCACACUACUCACACCAUGACCGGGAUGGACUCCGGCUACAGGAACCGCUCGCCGCAUCCGCAUGAACUGAACAUCAGUGCCGAUCAGUCACUGGAUGAAGAUGAGCAACUUUUAAAGUACAUCUGGCGGGAGUACCUGCACCCUAAGCAGUACGAAUGGGCUUUGAUAGUCGGUUACAUAAUCGUCUUCUUCGUCUCCUUAACUGGAAAUAUGCUUGUCUGCAUCGCGGUGUGGAAGAACCGUCAGAUGCGGACCGUCACCAACUAUUUCAUCGUAAACCUGGCCUUUGCUGAUAUCCUGGUAACCAUCACCUGCCUUCCUGCGAGCCUCGUGGUGGACAUCACGGAGACCUGGUUCUUCGGCGAGACCCUGUGCAAGGUGCUGCCGUACUUACAGACCAUCUCGGUCUGUGUCUCCGUGCUGACACUCAGCUUCGUCGCCCAGGACCGCUGGUACGCCAUCUGCCACCCUCUGAUGUUCAAGAGCUCACCGCGACGAGCCCGCAAGAGCAUCGCGCUCAUCUGGAUGGUGUCCUGCAUCAUCAUGGUCCCGCAAGCCGUAGUCAUGGAGACUACCAGCCUGCUGCCAGAGCUGUCCAACAAGACCAGCCUCUUCACCGUGUGUGAUGAGCGCUGGGGAGAUGAGAUCUACGCCAAAAUGUACCACACCUGCUUCUUCAUUGUGACUUACUUUGCUCCUUUGUGUCUGAUGGUGUUGGCCUACAUCCAGAUAUUCCACAAGCUUUGGUGCCAUCAGAUCCCUGGGUCAUCGUCCGUCUUGCAGAGGAAGUGGCAGUCCCUGCACUGCUCGGCCCGCGCGGGGGCCACUGCUGAGCUCUUCAAGGUGCGCAGCAGCGCAGUGUCUGCUGAAAUCAAGCAGAUUCACUGCAGGAGGAAGACGGCCCGCAUGCUGAUGGUGGUCCUACUGGUUUUUGCCCUCUGCUACCUCCCCAUCAGUGUGCUCAACGUUAUGAAAAGGGUCUUUGGAGCAUUUAAGAACACAGACAGCAGAGAGACGAUCUAUGCCUGCUUCACCUUCUCACACUGGCUGAUUUAUGCCAACAGUGCGGCAAACCCAAUUAUUUAUAAUUUUCUCAGCGGGAAGUUUCGGGGGGAGUUCAAAGCGGCGUUCUCCUGCCAUUACCUCGGGACGGAGCGCAGCCGGACGAGGGCGAGGCCGAAGACGGACAGCCGGACGAGGGCGAGGCCGAAGACGGACAGCCGGACGAGGGCGAGGCCGAAGACGGACAGCCGGACGAGGGCGAGGCCGAAGACGGACAGCCGGAAGUCCCUGUCCACACAGAUCAGCCACUUAGACAGCGUUUCCCGGAUAUCUGACCAGAUGCUCUAGUCCCGUCUGACUCCAGCACCUGGAAGAGCCUUUAACAGCACGGGCAGGAGAAUGAACAGGCUGGAGCCAGUAUGGAACGCUGUGGAACAGACCUUAGAAGAGAGUCCAGACAGUGUGACGAACAUCCACAGCAUGCUGAACUGCUGAAUUCAUCGAAGAAACACUGAUCAUCAUCUCUGGGCAUCUAGUAACAUCAAAAAGGAAUGAAACAGGAACCAAACUGAAAGGAAAAUGCUCCGACCGCAGGAGCAGUGUGAUCAGGCACCGAUGUCCUGUCCACUGUCCCUGAUUGGCGGCUGUUCUUUUCCCCAGUGGUAUAAGCAUCACAUGUUGAGGGACGGUACGUGUAACCUUAGUCCGAACAAAGAGAAAACGCCUCGAUCUGACCCACAACACCCUUAAAUCUACUCCAGUGCCAUGCUGUUGUGCAGUGCCGUAUCACAGUGUUACUGCAGCAUGUGUCACGGCAGUGGUUCUCAGCUGGGUCGUGCAACUGUUUUCACUGGAAAAUGGAUUGUGGUUAAAUUAUUUAGUAUCAUUUCUUGUGAUGAUUUUUUCUUUGGUUUCCUGCCAGCACCCACUGCCAUCAUCAGUAAACAAACAAACAGAUAAAUACAAACAAAAGACUUGGGUUUAUAACAUAUUGAUUGUGACCAAUCCCUGUGUUACAGGCUUCAUAUUAUACUGAUGCUGUCCACUUUCUCUUGGAUUUUAUGUACUAACCUUGGUUUUGCAUAUACCAAUUAUGCCAUGAACGUGCACAUGAGAACACUUAAUAACUUGUAUAACUGUAUGUGUAUAACGCUUGGUAUGUAUAUAUGAUUAUAUGGUGUAUACGACCCUUUUUGUACUAUAUUAUUGAAGUAAAAAAACCUGACGACAGGCAGCUAUCA